UUUGGAACCACGCCAGGCUCAGGGGGUCACUGAAUCGAUCAGAUUGCGGUAUGCAAUAAAAGUCGAUCCUGACACAAGAAGCCCAUCGGUAUCUAUUGCCGUGUCAUGUCAGCACUCAAAGGCUUUCGCUCUCGGUCACUUCAACAAGUCUAUUCCCCUCGGUCGUGCCGUGAUGAUAUUGAAACAGACUUUUACUUCGGUCUUGCACUAGCUUUUGAGUUACUUCCUGUUUUCUUAUUCCUGCCCCCUCUCUGAUUCUGUAACUGUAUCUGGUCGGCUUUGGUGAUGGCUAUUCGGUGGUAACAGAAUUUCUGUUCGUGUAGACGACAACGCUUCGCGGCGUAAUCGAAUCUAUUUAUCUGUUUAUGUUUAAUCGAAAAUUUAGCAGCACGAGCAGGGCCAGGGCUCUUUCGCUUUUUACCCCUGCUGCUAGCGCAACAACUGUAGAUUGAUACACAGUUUCAGUUAAGGAUUUUCCUCGAGCUCCUUCAGAGCUUUAUUUCUUUGCUCCUCUGCUUCUGCAGCUACUGCGAACGAUUCGGCGUUGUGAAAAUCAGCAAACCUUUCGCCUCACAAAGAAUGGCACUGACCCCGUCGGAGAUCGGGAAGCACAACAAGCAGGCGGAUUGCUGGGUGAUAUCCUGUGCAAAAGAAAGUAUCGUACUAGUAUAAAUUGCAUUACAAAUUUUCCGAAGAACAAAAAUGCAAUUUGUCAUCCUAUUUCAGGUGGAAACUUGGAUUUGUCAUGCACAUCUGCAAUUAGUACGAGCACGAUACUUUUGCACAGGAUAGGUGAUUAUCGGCGACGACGUGUACGACGUCACCAACUGGCUGCCAAACCACCCUGGCGGCGUGAAACCCAUCAUGAACUACGCCGGGCAAGACGCCACGGAGGAGUUCGACAUGCUGCACGAGCGCGAAGUGAUCAAGAAAGUCGGAAUCAAGAAGGGCUUCGUGAAACACCUCGGGAAACUGCAGAAGUGACACGCAAGAGAAGAGGAAGUGCUGAUGAUGAAGACGGGGCAAGUGAUGUGAUUCAGAAAUCAUAGUUUCACUACUUGCUUUGUACUUAUCGUUAGACACAACUUCAUCGCCGGUUGUGAUGCAACUAUUUCUAUACGCCCCAUGAAUGCAGUAGAAAUGCAAGGGUAGUCGACGCUUCUAUUUCGACGUGACGCAGCGGACUUCUUUGUGCUGCCGUGGUGGCAAUUUUUUUCUCGAGUAACGCCGAAAAAGCUGCUUGGUC